CGAAUAGUCAAAUGUGUUUAGUUUGGCAUAUGGCAUUGAUUAUUUAAUGCCGAUUUUAUUUUUAGUGAUUAGUAUUCUGCAGGCCCAAAAAAUGCGAACCAACCGCGAGGAUGACCGUCGAAAAGGGUAAAACCAACAAGAAAAAAACGACCGCGACGAAGAAGACUGAAAAAACGUCCGCCUCCGUGUCGAAAUCGUCGUCCGCUUCGAGUUUACACAUAUCCGACGUUUCGCACUUGCCGGUUCCGUCGAACUCCGUAACCUACACGGUGACCGAAAUGUUGCCGACCGGGUCUGGCGAAAAAAUAACCGUCUAUGGCGAUCAGGGCGCCGCCACCUCCACCGAAUACAGACAUUUCGUGCAACAAGAGGCCUCUAGUGCGGCUACCGCCUCCACAACGAUCCAACAAAUAAGCUCGACUUUGAACGAGUCGACGUCUAAUUUAUCCAGCGCUUCCGGCUCCACCUACAUCGUUACCGAACCCAGAGACGAAUUUCGACUGACUUACAACAAAAACGACUCCGGUUGGAAUGGAAAGUUCGUAAUGGAGUCAUCUCCGGGGAAAAACGUCGUCGAGAAACGUUCCUCCACGUCCACGUCACACAGGGAGACCUCCACGUCGGAGAAGAGGUCCAGCGAUAGCUACGUGAAGGAAGUGAUCGACGGGAAAGAAAGGAUAGUAGACAGGCAGCACCGAGAGUCUGGAAAAAUGGCGUCGACGAGUAAAGAUGAACAGAUGGUAUCCAAGAGCGGUACCGGGGUGGUACCCGAGACGCAUUACCAGGAGAAAUCGAAGGAGAGUACGACGGUGUACGACACGGCCGUACCGGAAUUGACGCGGCCUAAGAGCAAACACUACGAAGCCGUGAAGGAGAUGCACCAGGUAGGUGAUAGUACUUCGACGUCGCAGUACGUCACCCGCGACGACGACAUAAAAUCCCUCAAGAUAUCGGAGGAUAUUAAGAAUAUCGACGCUAAAAGUACGACCGGUCGAUCAAUAAUCGACAAAACUAACACUGCGGAUAGUACUACCCGAUCCGAAAUGAAAUCUAGUAGUACUGGCGACCAGACUGAAACCGUGACGACGACCACCACGUAUUACGACAGCAAAGGGAACGUCGUGAAAAGUUUCACCGACGUAGAUACCCACGUUCUUCCCGGUGAGUCGCGGACUAAGUCGUCCGCUACCCGGACGAAGUCGCCUACCAGGAAGUCACAGACGACAACGUACGUAGACGAGAAUUACGCGGACACCAACAAAAUCAGGCAGAAACAAACGUACACUGAUUCAAAAAACUUCUACGGGCACACCGUCGAUUCGUCAAAGACGGUGGUUGAAAAUAUUUACGAUUCCAAAGCAGUUCAGAACACCAUCGGCACCUCGGGUAAGGUUAUCAAAGACCACACUAUCGAUUCUACAGACGUGGUGUACUCUAACGAGAGGAACUACGGGAAAACAGGCUGGAACGGUCAGUUCACGCACGAGCAACCCCCAAAGUCGUCAAAAAGCGCAUCUCCCACCCGGCAAAUACCCAAAGGAUCCAAAACCACAGUUGUCGAUGAUUUUUUGUCCACAGAAAGAUCGGAAAAUAUUAAACAGACCACCACCGGCGUCACCAGAAAGCAACCUAGCGAAAAAUCACCCACCAGAAAAUCCAAGCUAAGCGAUGACACCAACAAAGUCACUUAUGUGGACGAAAACUAUGUAGACACCAAUAAAAUAAGGCAGAAACAAACAUCCACAGAUUCAAAAAACUUCUACGGCCAUACCAUCGAUUCCUCGAAGACGAUGGUUGAAAAUACUUACGACAGCAAAGCUGUUCAGAAUACCAUCGGCACCUCGGGCAAGAUUAUGAAAGACCAUAACAUCGAUUCUAAAGAUGUGGUGUACUCCAACGAGAGGAACUAUGGCAAAACCGGUUGGAACGGGCAAUUCACCUACGAGCAGCCCCAACAACCACCAAGAGGCUCUUCCCCCACCCGACAGACUCCUCAAAAACAUCCUAGAGAAAGAUCGCCCAGCACGAAACCGAAACCAGGUGACGAUGCCAGCAAAAUCACCUACGUGGAUGAAAACUACGUGGAUACCAACAAAGUCCGGCAAAAACAAACGUCGACAGAUUCAAAAAACUUCUACGGCCAUAGCAUCGAUUCCUCGACCACGGUGGUGGAGAACACCUACGACUCCAAAGCCGUGCAGAACACCAUCGGUACCUCGGGCAAAAUUAUCAAAGACCAUACCAUCGAUUCUACAGACGUGGUGUUCUCCAACGAGAGGAACUACGGGAAAACCGGUUGGAACGGACAGUUCACGUACGAGCAACCCCAACAAUCUCCUAAACGCACAUCGCUCACCCUUCAAACGUUAACGGGACCUAAAACCACAUUAGUAGAAGAUUUUUUAACCACGGAAAUAUCCGAAAACAUUAAACAGACCACCACUGAAGGCACUAGGAAGCAAUCUAAAGAAAAAUCGCCCACCAGGAAGCAACCUAGUGGAAAAUCUCCCACCAGGAAGCCCAAACCAGAUGACGGUAUCAACAAGAUCACCUACGUGGACGAAAGCUACGUGAAUACCAACAAAAUCAGCCAAACGUCGACUGAUUCGAAGAACUUUUACGGCCAUAGUGUCGACUCCUCGACGACGGUGGUGGAAAACAUCUAUGACUCCAAAGCCGUGCAGAAUACCAUCGGCACCUCGGGUAAGGUUAUCAAAGAUCAUACCAUCGAUUCUACAGACGUAGUGUACUCCAACGAGAGGAAUUACGGCAAGUCUGGGUGGAACGGUAAGUUCACCUACGAGGAGCCGCAAUCGCCCAAAAAGAAACCCGGUGAUAGGACAAAAUCGCCAUCGCCUGCUCGCAAGCCGUCUAAAACCGGUCCCCAAAGUCCCGAAGCGUCCAAACAGGGUCCGAAGCCAAGAAGACCGAGCGGGACGGUCACCACCAAAUCCGAUUCGUCUACCGAUUCCAAAACAGUGAUCACCAAAGAUUCGCAAACGUUUGUGGAUAAUCGUUCAUCGGUAGAGCAGUAUACGACCACGGAUGUGGUAAACGUCGAGCAUACCACCAAACCAACGAAAGAAGUCAUCGACAUAACCAAUGGGAGCAUUGUGGACUCGUUCGUGGACAAGAAAUUCACUAGCGAGACAUCGGAGAAGACCAACGUCAUCGAAGAUGUCAAAAUCGAUAAAACGUUCACCGACGUACGCAGCGUUGAUGCUACUGACCGGGUGAGCAAGACCUUCGUGCAAGAAAACAUUCUGGACGUUAAAGACAUCACUCACGAGGAAAACAUCACCAACGUGAAGAGGAUCAGCGACAACAAGGUGAUCAAUAUCGUCAAGACUAUCAAAGAGGAAGCGAAACCGGUGCCGCUCAAGAUUCCGCUCAAGGAGGCUUGCAUUUGCGAGCUGUGCACGUGCGGACGCCACAGUUGUCCCCACAAUCCGGACGACUAUAAUGACCAUCUCAAGCCGGAAGGUCCGGUCUACAUUCAACCGAAAGACGAGUACAACGCGACGCGAGGCGAACGAUAUCCAGUCAAAAAACCGGAAGAUCACCUACAUCCCGAAGCUGGUGAAUUUCCGAAACGCGAACCGCAGGAAUGGAAGCCCGGCGAAAGGGCGCCUGUAAAAAAGCCGCAAGACAACCUACGCCCAGAAGGUGAUUUCGAGAAACGAACUCCCGAAAAAUGGCAACCUGUUGAACGACCUGUCCCGAAGAAACCCCAGGACAACUUACGCCCCGAGGGCGACUUCGAACGUCCCCAAAAACCAGGCUACCAACCUGCGGAACGACCGAAGCAAAAGAAGCCAGAAGAUAACCUGCACCCCGAGGGAGAGUUUCCCAAAAGAGCCCACGAACAAUGGAGACCAGGAGACAGAGCACCCAUAAAGAAACCCCAAGAUAACCUGCAUCCUGAAGGCGAAUUCCCCAAAAGACCUCACGAAGAAUGGAAACCUGGGGAUAGAGCACCAGUCAGGAAGCCUCAGGAUAACCUACACCCUGAGGGCGACUUCGAACGCCCUCAAAAACCUGGCUACCAACCUGCGGAACGACCGAAGCAGAAAAAGCCCGAAGAUAACUUACGACCAGAAGGUGAAUUCCCUAAAAGACCUCAAGAAGAAUGGAAACCUGGAGACCGAGCUCCAAUCAAAAAACCCCAAGACAACCUCAGGCCGGAGGGAGACUUUGAGGUGCCCGAGCCGGAAAGAUGGAUCCCAGCAGAGAAAUCGAUACCCAAACGGCCCGAGGACAACCUUAAGCCGGAGGGAGAGUUUUUGAGGCCGGACAAACCGGAAUACAGACCAGCAGAACGACCCAUUCAGAAGAAGCCCCAGGACAACCUAAAACCCGAGGGCGAGUUCGUUAAGAGGACCGUCGAAGACUACCGCAUCAUUCGUGGGGAUCGCGCGGAAAUUAUACGCCACGAAGACAACAUAACCUUAGAAGGAGAGUUUAUCGAUACCACAACCUCGAGAUCGGAUUUUACCGGCGAGCUGGUGCCGAGACCGAGUCCUGUGAGACGCAACACCUUCACCAAAGUCGAAGGCGACUUUACCUCAGAGACGACCUCCAAGACCGAAUUUAUCGACUACAGCACGACUGUCGAACGUACCAGCGUUGAAAAGAGACGCGACAAUCUCGUGCUGGAAGGUGACAUGACCUUCGAUACGUCCACCACUGUCGAGUACACCGAGAAAGUUCCCCAUGUGGAACGUAGGAGACGUACGUGGACUAAAGAUGACGUGGAGAAGUUCUACUCUACGGAGAACACCGAGAUCUCCACCACAACGAAGGACGUCUACAAAACGUUCGAUACCACCGACCUUAGGCAGACGGUGGUGGUCCAUCGGGAUAACUUGAGACCCGAAGGACAAUUCGAGGGCACUCCUAAGUCUAAAGAGGACUUCGUGCCCAAAUUGACUGAACGACCCACUCCUCGAAAGCCUCAGGAUAACCUCCGUCCGGAGGGCGAUUUCGAGAAGAGAACUCCGGAGAAAUUCGUUCCCGCUGAAAGACCCAAGCCAAAGAAACCUCAAGAUAACCUCAGACCGGAAGGUGAUUUCGAACGUCCGGAAAAACCGGGUUACAGCCCUUCGGAAAGGCCCAAACAAAAACGCCCUGAAGAUAAUUUGAGACCAGAGGGUGAAUUUGAGGUACCGGAGAAGCCGAAAUAUAGACCGGGUUAUAGACCGAAUCCGGUUAGGCACGAAGAUAAUCUGAGACCUGAGGGAGACUUCGAAAAACGCACCCCAGAGAAAUUCGUGCCAGCAGAAAGGCCAAGACAGAAACGCCCAGAGGACAACUUAAGACCUGAAGGGGAGUUUGAGAAACGCACACCUGAAAAGUUUGUACCAGCAGAGAGACCGAAACAAAAGAGACCGGAAGAUAAUCUUAGACCAGAAGGAGAUUUUGAAAGACCGUCACCAACUAGAGUUGGUCCCGGUGAAAGAAGAUCCCCCAUUAAGCACGAUGACAAUCUCAGACCUGAAGGAGACUUUGAACGGCCGGAAAAACCAGGAUAUCGACCAGCCGAGAGACCUACACCCGUCAAACCUUCAGAUAAUCUCAAACCUGAAGGGGAAUUCGAGAAACGUACUCCGGAAAAGUUUGUACCAGCAGAGAGACCAAAGCAAAAGAGACCAGAAGAUAAUCUCAGACCUGAAGGGGAGUUUGAGAAACGUACUCCUGAAAAGUUUAUACCAGCAGAGAGACCGAAGCAAAAGAGACCGGAAGAUAAUCUUAGACCCGAAGGAGAUUUUGAAAGACCGUCACCAACUAGAGUUGGUCCCGGUGAAAGAAGAUCCCCCAUUAAGCACGAUGACAAUCUCAGACCUGAAGGAGACUUUGAACGGCCGGAAAAACCAGGAUAUCGACCAGCCGAGAGACCUACACCCGUCAAACCUUCAGAUAAUCUCAAACCUGAAGGGGAAUUCGAGAAACGUACUCCGGAGAAGUUUGUACCAGCAGAGAGACCAAAGCAAAAGAGACCAGAAGAUAAUCUCAGACCUGAAGGAGAUUUCGAAAGACCAUCACCGACUAAAGUAGGCCCGGGUGAAAGAAGGUCACCCAUAAAGCAUGAUGAUAAUUUACGACCUGAAGGAGACUUCGAACGGCCUGAAAAACCAGGAUAUCGUCCAGCUGAGAGGCCUACACCCAUCAAACCUUCCGAUAACCUCAAACCUGAAGGGGAGUUUGAGAAACGAACUCCAGAGAAGUUUGUACCAGCAGAAAGACCGAAGCAAAAGAGACCAGAAGACAAUCUCAGACCUGAAGGAGAGUUUGAGAUACGUACUCCUGAAAAGUUUGUACCAGCAGAGAGGCCGAAGCAAAAGAGACCAGAAGAUAAUCUGAGACCAGAAGGAGAUUUUGAAAGACCGUCACUAACUAGAGUUGGUCCGGGUGAAAGAAGAUCCCCCAUUAAGCAUGAUGACAAUCUCAGACCUGAAGGAGAUUUUGAACGCCCGGAAAAACCGGGUUAUCGACCAGCUGAAAGACCUACACCAAUUAAACCUUCAGAUAACCUCAAACCUGAAGGGGAGUUCGAGAAACGUACUCCAGAAAAGUUUGUACCGGCAGAACGACCGAAGCAAAAGAGACCAGAAGACAAUCUCAGACCUGAAGGAGAGUUUGAGAAACGUACUCCUGAAAAGUUUGUACCGGCAGAGAGGCCGAAGCAAAAGAAACCAGAAGAUAAUCUGAGACCAGAAGGAGAUUUUGAAAGACCAUCGCCAACUAGAGUUGGUCCGGGUGAAAGAAGAUCUCCCAUUAAGCACGAUGACAAUCUCAGACCUGAAGGAGAUUUUGAACGCCCGGAAAAACCGGGUUAUCGACCAGCUGAAAGACCUACACCAGUUAAACCUUCAGACAAUCUCAAACCUGAAGGGGAGUUUGAGAAACGUACUCCGGAGAAGUUCGUACCAGCAGAAAGACCGAAGCAAAAGAGACCAGAGGACAAUCUUAGGCCUGAAGGAGAUUUUGAAAGACCAUCACCGACUAAAGUUGGUCCAGGUGAACGGAGAUCCCCUAUAAAGCACGAUGACAAUCUCAGACCUGAAGGAGAUUUUGAACGUCCGGAAAAACCAGGAUAUCGACCAGCUGAAAGACCUACACCACUUAAACCUUCAGAUAACCUCAAACCUGAAGGGGAGUUUGAGAAACGUACUCCGGAGAAGUUCGUACCAGCAGAAAGACCGAAGCAAAAGAGACCAGAGGACAAUCUUAGGCCUGAAGGAGAUUUUGAAAGACCAUCACCGACUAAAGUUGGUCCAGGUGAACGGAGAUCCCCUAUAAAGCACGAUGACAAUCUCAGACCAGAAGGAGACUUUGAACGUCCCGAAAAACCAGGAUAUCGACCAGCUGAAAGACCUACACCCGUUAAACCUUCAGAUAACCUCAAACCUGAAGGGGAGUUCGAGAAACGUACUCCGGAGAAGUUUGUACCAGCAGAGAGACCGAAACAAAAGAGACCAGCAGACAAUCUUAGACCUGAAGGAGAUUUCGAAAGACCAUCCCCGACUAAAGUUGGUCCAGGUGAAAGAAGAUCCCCAAUAAAGCACGAUGACAAUCUCAGACCUGAAGGAGACUUUGAACGUCCGGAAAAACCAAGAUAUCAACCAGCUGAAAGACCAACACCCGUCAAGCCGUCUGAUAACCUCAGACCUGAAGGGGAGUUUGAGAAACGUACUCCGGAGAAAUUCGUACCUGCCGAAAGGCCCAAACAGAAACGUCCAGAGGAUAAUCUUCGACCAGAAGGUGACUUUGAAAGACCCAGCCCUACCCAUAUUGGACCUGCAGAGAAGCGGACACCCAUUAAACACGAUGAUAAUCUUAGACCUGAAGGUGACUUUGAACGACCUGAAAAACCAAAGUACCAUCCUGCCGAAAGACCAGUUCCGGUUAAACCAUCCGACAACCUUAAACCAGAAGGAGAGUUUGAGAAACGAACUCCGGAGAAGUUUAUGCCUGCAGAAAGACCAAAACAAAAGAGACCAGAGGACAAUCUUAGACCUGAAGGAGAGUUUGAAAGACCUUCACCAACAAAAAUCGGUCCGGGUGAAAGAAGAUCGCCGAUUAAGCAUGAUGACAAUCUCAGGCCUGAAGGAGACUUUGAAAGGCCUGAAAAACCGGGAUAUCAACCGGCAGAGAGACCUACACCAGUCAAACCUUCUGAUAAUCUCAAACCUGAAGGAGAUUUCGAAAAAAGAACUCCCGAGAAGUUUGUACCAGCGGAGAGGCCGAAACAAAAGAGACCGGAAGACAAUCUUAGAUCUGAAGGAGAUUUUGAAAGACCGUCACCAACUAAAGUAGGUCCAUGUGAAAGAAGGUCUCCCAUUAAACAUGAUGACAAUCUUAGGCCGGAAGGGGACUUUGAGCGACCAGAACGACCAAGAUAUCAACCAUCAGAAAGACCAACACCAGUUAAACCUUCUGAUAAUCUCAGACCGGAAGGAGAAUUUGAGAAGCGCACUCCAGAGAAGUUCCUACCAGCUGAAAGACCGAAACAGAAACGUCCAGAAGAUAAUCUCAGACCGGAAGGAGACUUCGAAAGACCGACCCCAACAAAAAUCGGUCCCGCUGAAAAGAGAACGCCAAUCAAACACGAUGACAACCUUAGACCGGAGGGAGAUUUUGAAAGGCCGGAGAGGCCCAGAUAUCAACCCGGGGAAAGACCAACACCAGUUAAACCAUCGGAUAAUCUCAGGCCUGAAGGGGAGUUUGAGAAACGUACACCGGAACAGUUUGUACCUGCUGAACGACCGAAACAGAAACGACCUGAGGACAACCUUAGGCCUGAAGGAGAUUUUGAGAGACCAUCGCCAACUAAAGUUGGUCCAGGCGAACGAAGGUCCCCCAUUAAGCACGAUGACAAUCUCAGACCUGAGGGAGAUUUCGAACGCCCUAACAAACCAGGAUAUCGACCAGCUGCGAGGCCGACGCCAGUGAAGCCUUCUGAUAACCUCAAACCUGAAGGAGAGUUUGAAAAACGAACUCCGGAGAAGUUUGUACCCGCAGAGAGGCCAACACAGAAGAGACCAGAAGAUAAUCUCAGACCAGAAGGAGAUUUUGAAAGACCUUCACCAACGAAAGUUGGACCAGGUGAAAAAAGAUCGCCCAUCAAGCAUGAUGACAAUCUCAGACCUGAAGGAGACUUCGAACGGCCUGAAAAACCAGGGUAUCGGCCAGCUGAAAGACCUACUCCCGUCAAACCUUCUGAUAAUCUUAAACCUGAGGGCGAUUUUGAGAAGCACGUAUCAGAAACGUUCGUGCCUGCCGAGAGACCGAAACAGAAGAAACCGGAAGACAACCUUAAACCGGAAGGUGAGUUCGAACGUCCGGAGAUCAAAGAAAUCGGACCCGCCGAAAUUCGAAGGCCUAUCAGGCACGAGGACAAUCUGAGGUCGGAAGGAGACAUGAAGAUCACUAGACGGGAUGACUACAAUGUUGUGCGCGGUGAGAAAGUAGAAAUCGUUAGGCAUGAGGAUAAUCUGAAGAUGGAAGGGGAGUGGGACAUCCGCAGGAGGGACGACUUCUCCAAGGUCACCCAUGUAGAUCGGGCUCAAAUAGUGAAGCAUGAGGAUAAUCUGCACAUGACUGGUGAUUUCAUCGAUACCAGAACGAGAGACGACUACAGAGUCGUCAGGGGCGAAAGGGCGGAAAUAGUUAAGCACGAAGACAACCUGAAGGUGCAAGGCGAGUUCGUGGACACCCGCACAAGGGACGACUACAGGGUGGUGAAAGGAGAGCGAGCUAACGUUAUCUUGAGGAAAGAUAACUUGAGAAUGGAGGGUGAAUUCAAUGAGUACAAGAAAAGAGACGAGUUCUCCACACAUACUGAGAGAGUACAGAUCGUACGACAUGACGAUAACCUGAAGCUCGAAGGAGAUUUCGAUAGACCCACUCCGACCAAGAUUGGACCAGGCGAGAAACGUCGUCCUAUCAAACACGAUGACAAUCUUCAUCCCGAAGGAGACUUCGAGCGACCAUCACCCACCAAGGUGGGCCCUGGUGAAAGAAGGUCUCCCAUCAGACACGAAGAUAACCUUCAUCCUGAAGGUGAUUUCGAGCGACCAGAACGACCCGGAUACCAACCUGCAGAACGACCAACUCCCAAGAAGCCACAAGAUAACCUGCGCCCUGAAGGUGAUUUCGAAAGACCUUCUCACAAACCUGUGGGCCCGGGCGAGCGAAGAACGCCCAUCCGGCAUCAAGACCAUUUACACCCAGAAGGAGAUUUCGAUAGACCCGACAAGCCCAAGUUUGUCCCUGCUGAGAGACCAACUCCCAAGAAGCCCCAAGACAACCUGCACCCUGAAGGUGAUUUCGAAAGACCUUCGCAGAGACCUAUCGGUCCUGGCGAGCGAAGGUCACCCAUCAGACACCAAGACAAUUUGCACCCGGAAGGAGAUUUCGAGAGACCCGAAAAGCGCAAGUUUGUCCAAGCUGAAAGACCCACUCCCAAAAAGCCCCAAGACAAUUUACAUCCUGAAGGUGACUUUGAGAGACGUACUCCCACCAAAGUCGGUCCUGGUGAACGAAGGACUCCUAUCCGGCACCACGAAAACUUAAAGCCAGAGGGUGACUUAGAGGUACCUCAAAAACUAGGUUAUCAGCCCACGGAGCGGCCGACGCCAAAGAAGCCCCAAGAUAAUUUGAAGAUAACGGGCGAGUUCCAAGAUACCACCGUGUCCAAGUCUCAAUAUACCGUGGUGAGAGGAGAGAGAGCUGAGAUUAAGAAGCAUGAGGAUCAUCUGAAGAUCGGCGAAGGCAAAACAGAGUACGUAACUACGUCCAGGACUACGUAUGAGCCGUCUCCAAGAAAAUCACCUCCCAGAACAACGGUGGUAGAUAAACGCAGACACAUGGAGUCGCACAUAACUCUGGGAGACGACAAGACCCUGAUGCAAACCACUAACCAGACCAAUUACAAUACUUAUGUGAGGAAGGUUGACAAAAAGGACCGGCGGGAAUCUAGGGAAAUAGUGGACACCAGCAAAAAAGAUGUCCAGAGGCGAGAGUCCACUAUCAAUAAGCAAGAGCUUGUGGAGAACAAUGUCGUCAACCGAGCGGGUAAACAAACCACCGACGUAUCUACGGACGUAAAGACUUUGCAUGAUGGUACUGUCGUAAAAGUGACUCGCACGGUUACUAGGAAUACUGGAUCGGCGGUAAACGAAAUCCGCAAGUCGUCUUCCCAAACCCACGUGCAGGAAAGUACGAAACACACCGAAAACGUUAACGUCAUCAGGCAGAACAACAUCGUCCAUUCCAGCAGCCAGUCGGACGUGUCGAAACAGGUUACACAGAAGAGCUCAGCUCAGCAGCACCAUCGAAAGAACGUCAUCAGUUCGGAAGAGAUCAGCAACCAAAUUCUGCACCGUAAAGGUCUCCACACAUCUACCGAAGCAUUACACGCCACCAGCGCUUCCGCCUUGGACAUGAGGAAGUCGGUGUGUAACAUCCACGAUCAGGGCCGUACCGUAGUAAAUACCGACAGGCAGAGUUUGAGCUCGAUCCACAGAUCGCACCAGGAGAAUACCGGGGCAUUGAAGAAGAGCCAGCAGUUCUCCACCAAUUACCAGAUGGUGGAGCGUCCGCAAAAGAUCGUGCGCAAGGAUAAUCUUUCGGUGGGGGGUCACUUUUACGGCCAAUCAGAGGCCAAGGCCUACGGGGAGUUUACGAAACAGCAGAACAUCCAAAAGGUGGAGAGGGUGACUAGACGAUCGAAUAUAUCAAAUAUAACAUUGGGGGAUACCAACGUGCACGUGGUGACGUCGUACAAGAAGGAGUAUGCCCCGAGGAACAUCGGGCCUUGUCCUGCGGUCUUGGUAGACUCGCCCAAGGGACCAUUCAAGCACACCAGAGACACCAAGUCUCAUAAGUUCUACAUGCCGAUCGUGACGAAGUAGAUUUAGUUUUUGUACCACUAGAGGUUUAGGAUUAGAGACUAUUUAAUCGAUUUCUAACAUUGUGAUACGAGUUGCAUAUUUUUUAGCUAACCGACGAGAUAAUUGACGCGCUUGUGGUAUUUGGGUUUUAUGCUUUGGGAUAUCGUGCCAUUCCGGACAGUCGCGCUCGCCCGCACCUGCGUAAAACCCGCCCCUCCCAGAAUGGUUCUAAUAUAGUUGUUAUAUAUACAUAUAUAUCAGUUUUUCUGUUUAUUUAUUUUAUUUUCUUUAAAUAAAUUUUGGUUUUAAAGGACUGAGGAGCGUGUAGUUUUUUUUUUGCUAGAUCGGAAAAUUUUGUAUCUCUCGGGGUUGCAUAUUCCGGCCAACGCGAUCUUGCAAGAGCAAGGGGCGUGAAUUGGCAAAACGAAUGUAGGGAAAGGCGGUGUCCCACCGCCGGGUAGGGAGACUUAUCUGGACGGCGUGGGACGUUUUGUAAUUUUUGUGAGGUGAAAUAAACAGGUGUUUAACGAAA